AUGCGGCUCUUAAAUACGAAUACUUUAGAGGUGGUAGAGUUUACUCAGAAGAGACCGCGAUACGCCAUCCUUUCCCAUCUGUGGGAAAAUGAGGAGGUAUUAUUCCAAGACAUCAAAGACGGCCAUGCCUCGUUGCGGCAGGCAAUUAAGGACGGAUACGAAUGGGUGUGGAUUGAUACGUGCUGUAUAGAUAAAUGUAGUAGCGCCGAGUUAUCAGAGGCUAUCAAUUCAAUGUAUAGAUGGUACGCUGACAGCUGUAUCUGUUAUGCGUAUCUCUCGGACCCAAGCUCGGGAGAUCCUAAUAAAUUCUCUUGUCCACGAACCAGGGGUUACUUCAAGGAUAGCAGAUGGUUCACUCGUGGCUGGACGCUACAAGAAUUAGUGGCGCCACGACGCAUCAAAUUUUAUAGCGAGGACUGGACCGAGCUGGGAACAAAAUCAAAUCUCAGAGAAAUAAUCACCGAAGUUACAGGUAUCAAUGAAGACGUACUUCUGGGAUGUACUUCCUUGUCUGAUAUUACGGUGGCCCUCAAAAUGUCUUGGGCCGCGAAUAGGUCCACAACAAGAGUGGAAGACAUGGCAUAUUGCCUGAUGGGAAUUUUUGAUAUCAACAUGCCUUUACUGUACGGAGAAGGCACAAAGUCAUUCAAAAGGCUACAAGAAAAAAUCAUACAUCAAUAUGAAGACUACACGAUCCUCCUCUGUAACGCUCCGCAACCAAAUAGAACUCCCUGUAGAUGCCAGUUCGAUAUUCGAGGAUAG